AGCGACUUUGUCCGCCUGGUUCACAUCUUCUUCACCCUUUGACUGUAGCGUCAGUAGAGCACAGGCAGACCUGUGGAGCUAAGAAGGGGAGCAGUAGGAGGAGGUGGUUUGUUUCAUGUGAGCUUUACCUGCCUGGAAGGUGAGAAAGUCUAUUAGCAGCAGCUGCUGGAUCAUCACAGGGUGACACCCGCUCACGGCAAUGGAUGAACAAAUGAAGCAGCCUCGAUGAGGACUCGGGCGUUUUUUUAUUCGCGCUCCAAAGACUAAAGCUGCCCCAAGGACACGGAACCUGACAUCUUGUAUUUGAGUUGGACUUUUUUUCCUCCUCCAAUGUGUCUGUGGAUGGAUUUUAAAGGGGAGAUUUGACGAAAAUUUAAGAGACUCAGUCAGUGGAUGCAGUCUGUUCCAGGAGACCAUAGUAAGAGUCGUUCAGGUUUGAAAUGAAUUGUCCCCAUUGGAGAUAAGGCAGAGUUGAAUUUGGCCGUCAUGAAAGAGAGAUCAAGGAGGAGGAGCUGUGGUGUUUGUGAGGACGAUGGGUCGGAUUCCUGAUUGAGUUUUCCAAAUAUCCUUUGAAGUUGAUCGUUUGGAGUUGAAGUUGGACACAAGGCGGCAUGGACUCACCACAGAAGGGUCCCCCGGCGCGGCCCAGCUUCUCUCCACUCCAGGAAAGACUCAAUGCCACGCCCGGCCUCAUGCUGCCAUCCUCACUCGUGCCCCCAUCGCCAUCCACCCCGAGCGACACCUUCCCGCCCCUCAACGAGCUGGCCGACUUGGAGAGCAUGUUGCUGUGGACGCUGCACGAGCCCAGCACCAUCGCCCUGACGCUCAUGUACUGCCUGUCUUUUGUUCUGGGCUUUGUGGGCAACCUGAUGUCCCUGCGCGUCCUCACCAACAGACGCAGCCGGCGGCUGGCGGGCAUCAGCGCCACCCGCAGCCUGCUGGUCAACCUGGCCGUGUGCGACCUGGCCGUGGUGUGCGUGUGCAUGCCCAUCACGCUGGCCAGUCAGAUCUACACCGCCUGGGUCUACGGCGACCUCCUGUGCCGAGCCGUGCCCUUCACACAGGCCGUCUCCGUGUCGGCCAGCGUGCUGACGCUAACCGUCAUCAGUGUCAACCGCUACUACAGUGUCCGCUCGCCGCUGAAGGCCCGCUCCAUGUUUACACGUCGACGUAUCCUGGCAACGGUCGGUGUGGUGUGGGCCGUGUCGUCCGUCAUGUGCGCCCCCAUCGCCGUGAUGAACCGGCGGCGGGAGAUCAGCUUUGGGACGUUCGCCAUCUUGGUUUGUCAGGAGGAGUGGCCAAAGCCUCGCCUAAAACAAGGAUACAACGUCUUGCUCUUUGCCAUGCUCUACUGUCUGCCCGUCACCUUCAACCUCACUAUCAGCUUCCUGACGGGCCGGCGCCUGUGGACCAAUAAGAAGUCCGCCUUCGCUGACCUGGACCCUCGCAGCCAGGCGCUGCAUGCAUCGCGCCUCAAGACGCGGCAGAAGAUCGCCAGGAUGGUGGUGUGCCUGGUGCUGCUCUUUGCCGCCUCGUGGCUGCCGCUCUACUUGGCCGACCUUUGGAUCGAUCGUGAGCAAAGGCCGCCGUCUUGGCUGCUGCAGACACGGCCGUUUGCCCAAUGGUUGGGCCUGACCAAUUCCAGUCUCAACCCCAUUUGCUACUGCUUCAUCGGCGACCUGUACCGCUCGGCUCGGGUGAUACGGACGCGCUACUACCAGAAGGUGGCCUCCCUUUUUGGCACCACAUCCUUCUCCAGCUCAGCUGCGGUGGCGUCUCCCGUCAGCGUCGGCGUUGAGGACAGCAAAGUGGCCGCCUCAGGGCGAGGGCACAUUGCUGCCACUGCCGCUGUCUCCGCUGUCUCGGUGGCAACCAUUCCUCGUUUCCUGAGCUUGGCGCGAGGUCAGGGACUAGGCCGGAAGGACGCCGACAGCCGCUUCGGAUCCGACCACAGCAUCUCAGACUGGUGUCGCUCCAGUCCGAGCGUGUGCGACAAUAACACCUUGUUUCCCGGCCAGAUGCUCAUGUUCGAUCCCGCCGCACAGAGGCAAGACUUCCUUCCCGCGAGGAGACAUUCUGCCAACGAGAACUUUGGCUCGCUACCUUCAAGACUGGAAGGGGGGACGGAUGUGUCGCCUGCGAGGAGGCAUUCGGGAGGCAGACUAUCUGCAGCUUGCGCUGAUAAGAGAGAAAUCAUCACCGGCAGCUUUUGUUACGACGGCUGGCGCUCGAGUGACACAUCCCAAAGACGAGAGAAUGAAAGCGGCGACAUGAGCAGCGUGUGAAAGCUGGAAGCUUAUCUGGCAGCUCACAAAGCUUCACCUGAGGCUGAUGUGCUUAAUACCUCUCCCCCACACACACCCACACACACAAACACUACUUUUUGUCUCCAGAAUGACCAGUCCUCUGUCCCUUUCCUGCCAUCCUAAGCACAAACGAGACCUGGGGGGGGGCUUGAUACCCCACCUUGGCGAGGUUUAUUGGCAGGAGUGCCACUUAUCAGCGCUAAAACACCAGCCUCAGUUACUGUUUUUUUUAAAUUCAUCUGCCAGACAACAGUAUAAACUGCUUGGUUGUACUGGAGGAAGGACUUUCACAUUUCUGUUUGCUCAUCACACCAAAGGCCAAGCUGCUUUAGUUUUACAGACACACCAUCGGGUCGCCAAGGGUAAUGUCACAGUGUUAAUAGUCUGUGCCCACACUCGAUCUUUACCAGCAAGGCUUCUUACAUACACUUUGUGGACAAAAGUCUUGGGACACACCUCUUACUUCAUCAAAUCAAUCCGGGGUCGGUGCGAUCCAAAGUACGUCCAGGUGCAAAAGUCUCGUCUGAGGGCCUACUCACACUUGACCAGUGCUUCUCAAAUAGUUGGGCGGGUCCCCCUAUUGGGCCUGAUCUUGUGAAAAGUUUUAUAGUUGCAAAGCUCCCCGCAGCUGUCAAACAAUAGUUGAGCACAGGAUAUUUGGAAUGGCAGUCGAGAGCGCUGACCGUUGGGCCAAAAGCCCGGACAGUCAACCCAGGGUUCAGUGCAGCUCUUAAAGCGUACACUUGCUGGCAUCUGUUACACUCACACCCUCAAACCUCACUCAAUAUAACCCACCUGUUUCAGCAGCCUCACACUGGAUUAAACACUGGACCUUCGGACCCUCUCAACCCAGCGUUCAGCGCAGAUAUUAAGGCCGAGGGAGUGGGGUUUACCAACAUACACUUGCGCAGCCACACUGGCUGGCCUUUCUUACAUAUGGAUGGCUGCUCUUAUGGUGUAGAUCUGGAAGAAGUAGAGAAGGUGGAAUGAAACAUCAAUAUUUCAACACGACCACGUUCCCUGAAUCCCACAAACCCCCGUUGGACAGGCAUGGUCGAAACUGUUUGGAAAAGGGACACGCAAUGACUUGAAGGCAUCAUCCUGCAAGCAAUCACGCAGUCUGCUACUGCUGCUAGCGUCUUCCUCCUUCCUCUCACCUAUUUCCUUGCCUGUCGCCUUGUCCCUGUUGUGUGUUUUUUUGGGGUUUUUUUGCCGUUUCAUUAAACCCUUUUGUCUUCGCUCGACUCUGUCGUCUGUCUGGAACGCUGUCUGACAAUGCUUCCCAUGGGAAGUAAGAAUCGGUUCCAGGGUCAAACCAUGACCAGCUUUAUUAAGUGUACAGGCCAUUUUUAAAGUCACAUUUUAACAUUAUUCAUUGCCACACAAGUGUCAAAAGAAGUGAAGCAGUGUAUAAAAGUGGUGACACUUUGAAUGUGAGUUCGCUUACCACAUCACUUCCUGGCGGUAUUCUUCUUCUCUUCUCACCCUUUGUUGACACCGAGCCUAACUGAGGAAAACAAACAUAAAACACAAAAAGUCAGCAUUUUCCUACCUUUUUCCCAUGUGCCGCUGUUUUGUGCAAAAGGCGAUGGAGGGACAAAAGUUGGCAUGGCAAUGUUGCCCCUUUUGGAGGUAGCAUCAGAGCCGUAACGGCGGUGGCCGAGAAGUGCAAAGCGCGUUAACAAAAAGCAGAACAAAGUACAAUUACACCACGCGGAGGGGGGCUGUACCACACGAAUCAGACAGGAAGCGGAAACAUUUGGAGUUGUGGCGGGUGUUGGUGGGUGUUAAUUGGCAUCAUGUUUUGUGGCACACACUUGAGCUGCUUGACGUGAUUUUGUUGCACAUGUGGCCGUUGUUGGAUUUAUUAAAUGGUACUUGCCAGACUACAGGAGUCCAUCCAAUGUUUUAAUGAGGGUAUACCAGGGGUACAGUCCCCUUACG